AUGUCUGCUGAUAACGCUGGUAAUGUUCCAACCUUCAAGUUGGUUUUGGUUGGUGAUGGUGGUACCGGUAAAACCACUUUCGUCAAGCGUCACUUGACUGGUGAAUUCGAAAAGAAAUAUAUCGCCACUUUGGGUGUCGAAGUCCACCCAUUGACUUUCUACACUAACUUUGGUGAAAUCAAGUUCGAUGUCUGGGAUACCGCUGGCCAAGAAAAAUUGGGUGGUUUGAGAGAUGGUUACUACAUCAACGGUAAGUGUGGUAUUAUCAUGUUCGAUGUCACUUCCAGAAUCACCUACAAGAAUGUUCCAAACUGGCACAGAGAUUUGGUCAGAGUUUGUGAAAACAUUCCAAUUGUCUUGUGUGGUAACAAGGUUGAUGUUAAGGAAAGAAAGGUCAAGGCCAAGACCAUCACCUUCCACAGAAAGAAGAACUUGCAAUACUACGAUAUCUCUGCCAAGUCUAACUACAACUUUGAAAAGCCAUUCUUGUGGUUGGCCAGAAAAUUGGCUGGUGACUCUCAAUUGGAAUUCGUUGCCGCUCCAGCUUUGGCUCCACCAGAAGUCCAAGUUGACAGCAACUUGAUGGAACAAUACCAAAAGGAAAUGGACAGCGCCGCUGCUUUGCCAUUGCCAGAUGAAGAUGAAGAUUUAUAA